AUGGAGGACUUCGACGACGCAUGGGCCGAUGGGCUCGUGCGAUUCCCCGAUGGUGGGGCGGUGGCGGCCGCUGCGGAGGCCCGCCCGCCUCCCUCGGACGGGGCCGCUGCCGCAGCGGAGGCGGCGGAUCCAGCUAGCGGAGCUGGAGGAGCAGCUGGCGCUGCGGGGUGCGGCCUCGGGUGCGACGGCCAGGCCGACGGAGCCGCGCGGCGGCGCCGCGGGCCCAGGCGUCCUCGGGCGAAGGCGGUGGCGGAGCUGGGCGCGGCGCUCGCGGCGGCUGCGCCUGCUGCAAGCGGAGCCGCGGCCUCGGUGGUCGGCCCUGAGGAGGUCUUCGUGGUGGCCGACGGCCUCCUCCGCCAGGCGGCUGACUACGAGCUUCGGCGCAGCGAGCAGCUUCGGCAGAUGCUGGAGUCCGUGAGCUGGAGGCCUGCCAGCGCCCUCUAG